GCCACUUCGGGCUUGAUUCGUCUGUUCCCGAGUCGUUUCCAUCUCUCAGCAGUGUGCACCCAAUCUCAUUUCGAUUACGCCUGGAACGCUCGAACUCUUCGCAAAACUCAUGGACUGCAAAUCUAUUGAGAACAUCGUGUAUCAGCUCGCCAAUUCUCAGGAUCCCAUCGCACCUCUGGUCAAGGAAGCUCUCGAAGUCAUUGAUGUGGCGCUGGACACCCAUGGGACGGAACACGUAUCCAUCAGCUUCAAUGGGGGCAAGGACUGCACCGUUCUCCUACAUCUCUAUGCAGGCGCUCUAGCAAGACGACUCUCCCCUUCAGAAUGUAUGAAACCCAUCCCGGCUCUCUACAUCGCUGUGCCCUCCUCGUUUCCACUUCUGGAGACCUUCAUAGAAGAGUCGGCUGCCAGGUACAACCUGGAUAUAUUCCAGUGCCGACCGCCUUCAGAACUUGUGGAGAGUGUCGUCACACCCGCUCCCGUGUAUAGUGCCGACUAUAUCGCGUCGGCACCCAAGUCAGUGGGUAAGGCCAAAGGCGCGGAGGGUAUGAAGCAGGCACUACAGAUCUACAAGGACGAGUUCCCUCACAUAACGGCCAUCCUUAUCGGGACACGACGAACUGAUCCCCACGGUGGUACGUACUUGUAUGGAUGUGUGUUUGGUGCCAAACCGACUCUCGUAGCCACCUUGUCCCAUCGGAAUAUGACGGAUCCUGGAUGGCCUCAGUUCGAACGCAUCAAUCCCAUUAUCAACUGGGACUAUGCUGACGUGUGGACUUUCCUGCGGAAACUGGAUGUGCCGUACUGCACUCUAUAUGAUUACGGGUUCGUAUCACCGACCGCGAUCUGCCGAUAUGGAGCUCACGGCAUCCAGAUACACAUCCCUGGGAUCAACAUACAACACGUUCCCGAAUCCAGCCCUUUUGGUGGAAACACCUCUGUCUUCGUCGCCCAAUUCACAUUCUGAAAUGGCUGAUCCCAGCGUCUCGGAAGUUUCUUCGGCAAAGCCGCUGGUGGAGUCCUCAUCACAUCCAGCAUCGACACGAUCGCAGCUGGAUCCCACCUCGUUGCCCGAUCGGCCAUCGUAUCGGCCUGCCUAUGAAUUGAUUGAGGGUACGCUUGAGCGAGCCGGGAGAAGUUCCGGGAUAUUGCCUCCCCAGAACGCAUGAAGACUGAAUAUCAAAAUAUGACGAAAUCGUAUAUCUUGACGAAUGUAUUAGAGAGUUGUUGUAUCUUUGUUAGAUAUCCGAACAGAACCUUAUUACUGUCCCCCUGGGCCAGUUGCCA